CGCGGUGGGGUAUGAAUAGCUGCGCCGCUUCGCUGCCCGCCACUCGCUCCCGCGCCCGCCCGGCCUCCGCGUCCCCUCCCCGCGCCGCGGCCACCACCGCGUCCGGGCAGCGCCGAUGCUGAGCAUGGAGGGCUUCGUGGGCGCCCGCGCCCUGGGCGAGGAGUCCCUGCAGAUGUGGGACCUCAACAAGCGCCUGGAGGCUUACCUGGCCCGCGUGAAGUUCCUGGAGGAGGAGAACGAGGUGCUGCGGGCCGAGAUCCGGAGCGCCAAGGGCAGCCCGGGCGAGGACUCGUGGAGGACCAAGUACGAGGAGGAGCUACGAGCCCUGCGGGCCACGCUGGACGAUGCCUUCAGGGAGAAGUGCUCGGCGGAGCUGGCCCGGGACAACCUCUACGAGGAGAUCCAGCACGUGAAAAGCAGGUGCCAGAAGGAGCAAGCGGCUCGGGAGGAAGCCAAGAAGCAGCUGUCCAUGAGCAAGAAGGAGCUGGAGGAGGAGAGGAGGGCUCAGAUCUGGCUGAAGGAGAGAGCCCUGCAGCUGGAGAAGGAGGUGGAAGCCCUGCUGGAGGUGCACGAGGAGGAGAAAGCGGGGCUGGACCACGAGAUCGCCAGCUUCUCGCAGAGCCUGGAGAGCUUCCGCUGCGUGCCGGUGGCUUUCCAGCCCGUGGAGGUGGAGGACUACUCCAAGAGACUCUCGGAGAUCUGGAAGGGGGCCGUGGAGACCUACAAGACGGAGGUGUCCCAGCUGGAGAGCUCGCUCUGCCAGGCCAAGGAGAGCCUCUGGAAAGCGGUGGAGGACAACCAGCAGAGCCAGCUGCAGCUGCAGCACCUGGAGAAGGACCUGGCGGGGCUCAGAGCGCGCAAGGACAUGCUGGAGGAAAGCCUGUCGCGGCAGUGGCAGGAGCAGAGAGGGGAGGCCGAGAAGUUCCAGCUGGCGCUGGAGGCCCUGGAGCAGGAGAAGCAGACCCUGCGGGCGCAGAUCGCCCAGGUGCUGGAGGACCGGCAGCAGCUCAUGCACCUGAAGAUGUCCCUGAGCCUGGAAGUGGCGACCUACAGGACGCUGCUGGAAGCGGAAAGCACCCGGCUGCAGAUGCCCGCCGGGGAAUACAAGCUGGCCAACGGCUUGCGAGAUGUCAAGCUGGAAAUGAGCAGCAGCAAGCUCCAGCCCGCGACGCCCGAGGGCAGGCGGCUGCUGUCCUGGGAUCCCCGGAUGAGCCCCUCCGUCUUCCCCAAGGCAGAGGCGAAGAUGCAGCUAGCGAAACCCCAAAGCGAUUCCCCCAAGGCGCUGACCCCCAAAAGCAAGAGCCCCGUCGCCAGGGAGUUCCAGAAAAUCAACUCCGUGCUCCGGUCCCCGGCGCUGAAGGCUGCCGGUGCCGCCAGGGACCACGGUGCUGCCGGCCGCUCCGCGCCCAGCCCGCCGCCGCCCACCGGAGCGCUCCCGGCCGCCGGCACCGAGGCAGCGGCCCGUCCCUGCGCCCGGGAGCGACCCGAGCCCCCGAGCCACGCAGUCGCGGUGGGGCUGGAGCUGGAGCUGGGCGAGGAGAAGCAGCACCCUCAGGAGGGAGCCGCGGGGCAGGAGACCCAAGACCCCAGCGAGGAGCCACCGGGGAAGUCCCCCGCCCCACAGCUGCUGUACCCUGACCGGCUGGUCACCGAAGCGCUGGAAGAUGCUCUCAAGGAGGUGAGGGAUGACGCUCAGCCCAAAGAAGAGCCCAUGCUCGAGGCCGAGAAGGCUGCAGAGGGAUACAGGGUAGGGAGCGCACCCGAGCUCCCCAGCGGGACGGCAGCCGGUCACCCCGUGGAGGAGGUUGACGGUGCCGAGGAUGCCAAAUUUGAAGCCCUCUUGGAAGAGAGGGCUGGAGAAGACAUGCACGAGGAACCAGACAUGGAAAGCACCACUCGGCAGGACGGAGCAACAUCCCACCUGGAGCUGGGACCAUCCGGUGAGCAGGAGGAAGAAAACGCAUGUGAUUUUCUUGUUGCUGCACAGAGUGAAAUAGAAACCCAGGAGGAGAUGAGAUCUUGGGAGGAGGAAGGGAGCAAAGAGGAAGAGAUGCCGACGCUGCUGAGCCCAGAGGAAAGCAGGGAACCAGAAGUCACACGUGACACCGCAGACGGCCCGCUGGGCGAAGACACGCUCGCUUCAUCCGAGCCCGACGCCGAGCGCUGGGAAGGCAGUGCGGAUCGCCCCAGCCAGGCAGCGGCUGCGGGGGGAGGCCCGGAGGAGCCAGAGCAAGGAGAAGACGACGUGGAGGCUGGGAGCACAGAGGCACUGCACCUCUCGGAGGACGAGGAGAGACGGGGACCCUGGAGCCCUUCCAGGGAGGACGAGGAGUGCGAUUUCCUGGAAGAAGGGAAGGAAGUGCGAGAGGAGGAGUCCCUGCAGAGGGAAAUCCAAGCCACUCAUGCCUGCCCCAUGGAAAGCCACCCAGUUUCACCUGGGGAAAGCCACCUAGAAGAGGAUCUUGUUGAGAGAGAGCAGGAAAGUUUGGAGCACCAGGAAAUGCCUCUGUGUGAGACAGAUCCCGCUGCAGACGAAGAAAGGGGGGAAGAGACGUGCCCAGAACAUGAGCCCUCAAGCAUCAAAGAGAGCAUCUCAGCAGAAGCAGCUUCAUCAAGGGCUGAAGAAGACUCCACGGGAGAGGAGAUCACAGACAGAGCAAGAGAUGGCGAGGGAGAAAUGGCAGAGCCAGGAGAGGAGGCUUUGGAAGGAGAAGACCUCAGGGCUGAAGGGAAACCACUGGGACCUGAAGACCCAAGGCAGGAGGAAGUUACCUUGGAGGAGCCCAGGGAUCUGCAGGAAAAUGGCUUCGAAGACGACAUGCUGGAGCAGGAGGACCUGGAGACGCUGCCGAGGGAGGAAGUCCUGGGCGGCGGAGACGACGGCAACUACCAAAAUCACUGUCCAGAGGACUGGGAAACGAAGGGGGAGGAGGACAUGGAAGGGUCUCCAGGGACAGAAGACGCCCAUGUCACAUCCCAAGAACCAGCCUGGGCAGACGACACCCUCACGAGCACAGCGGUACCAGAAAGCGAGGAGACGGAGGGCAUUUCACCUGCAGAAACAGAAGAAAUGGGAAAAGAUGACGAAGACGACGCUGGGAGUAGGAUGAGCCAGCGGGAGCCAACGCCACAAAACGAAGCGGAGCAGGAGGCUGAGCCUGCCCUGGGGCUGGCGAGGGAAGCCCGGGAGGGCCACCAGGACCAACCUGUCCCGGCGCCCGGGGACGAGGAGCUGGCCGUGGCCCCGGAGGUGUCUUGGGGGGCGCAGACGGCGGCUGAGGACGCGGAGGGUGAGCUCGCCUCGGAGCCUGACGGGUCGGAGAAGGCCAGCACGGGCCCCGCGGCAUUUCAGCAGGCUCCAGGUGAUGAUGAAGACAGCGAUGAGUGCCAGGAGGAGGAGGAUGCUCGGGGAGCGGAGGAGCUGGGGCAGGAGCCGGGGACAGGCAAGAGCAUUCAGCUGGAGGACACGCUGCCGGACCACACGCCUUUGCACCUCUACGAAGGGCAGAUGCUGGCUGCGACGGCACCCAGCCCGAGCCCGCUGGCUAGUGAAGAUGCCACAGAGCCUGCUCCAGGAUCCGAAAUUUCUCUGGAGGAUGAAGGAGAGCUGGAGGGGAGCCACGUGCCAACAACUCCCUUGGAAGAGAGCCACGAGGAGGAGGAGGCAGGGAUGGAGCCAGCGCCCGCAGCAGAGCAUGUGGAGGAAGAGGAAGGUUAUUUCAUGGUUUCUGCUCCCAACCAAGAGGCGUCCAGCUCGGAGGAAGCCGAGAUCUCAGAGGACUUUGAAGAAAUUAAAGUUGAAGCAACCGAAGCCAGCAGAGAUGAUCUAAAAGCUCCCAGAGAAACAUCUCCAGCGCCAGAGGAGGAAGGGCCCUUCGAAGCAUUCGUUGGCGAAGCAGACGAAGGUGUAAAAGUGCCCACGGAAGAAGGUGAGAUGCCAAAAGCGGAGGAUUUGAUAGCAGCGGCAGAGGAAGCGGUGCCGGCGGCAGAGCCCGACUUGCCCCCGGGCGAGGGGCGCUUCGCAGGGGUGGCCGACGAGCCGGACCGGGAUGCAGAAAGCCCCGGCGCGUGCGAGGGACCAGGGCCUUCGGAGGGAUUCGCUGCCCAGCCGGAUGAGGCAGCGGGCAGCGCGGCCGAACUGGAGCGCGAGGCCAGCGGAGACGUGGAGUUUCCGAGCCGCGACUCCCCCGGGCAGCCGGGGACGGAGGAGCCCGUCCCGGGGCCAGAGGACGAGUCCGACGCGGCCAAGCUCAUCCCUCCCGGAGGGCUCCAAGCACAGACGGAUCCUGGGGAAGCCUUGGUCCAGCAGCCAUCUCCGGCUCCAGAAGACGAAACGCCGGACGGCGACGGCCUUUCCCCGGCCGGGGAGCAGGAGCAGAGCUCGGACGCCGACCCACCUCCUCCGGGCUCCUCGCAGGAGGCCGACGACCAAGGGGGCAGCGACCCUGGGCACGAUGGUUUCACGGAGACGAGUCAAGACAACGCAGACGGGCUUGAUCUCCCUGCAAAAAUGCCGGCGGACGUCAUGAAAGACUCGGAUAUUCUGGAAAUAGUGGAGCAAGCCCUGGAGUUCAACCAGGAGCUGAUGCAGGGCGUGAGGCUGGCUGAAGCCGAGCCGCAGGCUCCCGGCGGGACCGAGCCGGCACGUCCAUCCCACGAGCUGGGGGAGGAUGACAGCGACUCCUCGCCCGUGUCGUCCAGCGAGGAGGAGCCCACGGUGCAGGAGCCGCCGGCGACGUCGGGGAUCGGCGGGGCCGAGAGCGGGGAGCUGAACGGGCUGCGCAGCCAGGCCAGCCUGGAGGACCUGGCCGAGGUCCCCGAGGAGCUGCCCAACGGCGUCGAGCAGGAGCCGCCGGGCGAGGACGCGGAGCCGCCGGCCACCUCCGCGGCACCGCCGGCUCCGGACGGGCUGGGGCUGGGGGAAGCCCCCGCCGGCAAAACCCCCCCGCUGCCGCUGCCGCCGGGGAAGCACGCGGGGGCCGAGAGCGCGGCCGUCCUGGGGGAGCAGGUGCUGCGGCUCGCGCCCGGCCAGCCGCCGUGCCGCCCGCUCCCGGCCGAGCGGGAGUCGUGGUCCUCGGAGGACGACUGACGGCGCCGGGGGUCCGCGUCCCCGCACCCCCCCGCCGCCCGGCCCCCUCGACAAUCGCCGCGCCAAGGCACGCCUCCCCCAGCCCCUCCACCCACCUAACGCCCCUCCACUUCUUCAUUUCUUAACACGUUUGUGUGGAUUUUUCUUUUUAAACGCAGGCGGGUGGAAGCCCGGUAGAAGGUAGCGACGCGGAGCAAGGAGCCGGAUGCCGCCGAGGAGGGACGCGCCAGCCCCGUCCCCUUUCGGCAAGGCAUCGGAGCCGGUCCCCAAGGCGAUUUCGUGCCUGUUUUAAGAGUGAAUACAGACCAGGCUGUUUUUCCCCUAAACUGCACGGUUGCUCUGGCAUCUAGACCCCAUUGCAAUAUUUAAUUUAAACCCUCAAUCUCCACUUUCCUUGCAUUUCCCGUUUUCCAUUCACCCUGAAGCACUGGACAAGCACCCACCAGCACCGAACCUGCCGCCGGGGAAACGCAGCGAGAAGGCGGGAGGCGGCUGCGGCCGCUGGUCCCCGCUCCCGGCCCUCGGGAUGCUCGCGGAGCCCAGCCCCGGCCCCGGCCCUGGCCCACCGCUGCUCCCGGCCGCUCGACCACGCGAGACGCAUUUGCUGCCUUGCCACUAAUUUAAUAAAGCAUCGUCCUCCCACUCGAA